AUGUCGCUGCCUGCACGGCUGUGGAGUCCCAGCAGCGUACUGGCCCAGGAGUUCGCACGCAGCACCUCGGCCCUCCUCACACGCUGCCCUCCGGAGAGGUACGUGGCCCCCUCGACUCAUGGAAUCAUCGAGCCAGCAGUCGGAGAAGCCAUCCCAGAGAGCCUCCCAGAGCCAAACUUCAGUGAAGCCGCAGCUGAUGUUGCAGAAGCACCCGGCGUGGAGCCUUUGGAUUCUUCCACCGGGCCGGCAAGUGGAGUUGGAUCCAACUUCCUGGUUGGCUUCUUCUCCGGCGCAAUGAACUCCUUCUUUGCUCCUGAGCGUCAUGCUGCAGAGCAACAGGGAGGAGCAGCCGCUUCCAUGGUGACGCAUGGUGUCGUCCUCACGGCAGCUUGGUUGGUGUCCCGCUCGGCACCCUGCCGAGGAGUCGCUGAUGUCAUAGGCUCUGCCCUGCAGCGGGUGCCAGUUCUUGGAACCGGGCUUGUCGGAGCCUCUAUACAGAUGGUUGUUGGGGCUCAGCUGGGGGAAUACGUUGGGCACAAGCUCGGCCAGCUGCGUGGAAAGGUCCUGGGCACUGCCACUGCAGCGGACUCGAGCAGCGAUGUGUUCGACAUGUACCUGUCCGACAUGUGCGUUCUUUGUCAUGAAGGAUUCGGAGACGGAUCUCAUUGCGUGGCGGCAUUAGAUUGUGGCCACGCAUGCCUGUGCUGGGGUGGCUGCGUAGAUCAGUGGGCAGCUUCGGGCCAACGCAUUUGCCCAGUUUGCCGUCAUGAGGGUGCUCGAGUCGUGGCUAGGGUGAGGGGAUGA